AUGCCCCUGUCUCUACUGCUGCCAAUGCCUCUACUGCUGCCCCUGUCUCUACUACUAACCCCUGCCUCUACUGCUGCCUCUGUCUCUAAUAAUAAUCCUGCCUCUACUGCUGUCCCUGACUCUAAUGCUGCCCAUAACACUACUGCUACUCCUGCAUCUACUGCUGUCCCUGACUCUAAUGCUGCCUCCAACUCUACUGCUGCCCCUGCUGCUGCGCCCCUUUCUCUACUGCUGCCCCUGCUGCUGUGCCCCUUUCUCUACUGCUGCCCCUGCUGCUGUGCCCCUUUCUCUACUGCUGCCCCUGCUGCUGCGCCCCUUUCUCUACUGCUGUCCCUGCUGCUGUGCCCCUUUCUCUACUGCUGCCCCUGCUGCUGUGCCCCUUUCUCUACUGCUGCCCCUGCUGCUGUGCCCCUUUCUCUACUGCUGCCACUGCUGCUGCGCCCCUUUCUCUACUGCUGCCCCUGCUGCUGUGCCCCUUUCUCUACUGCUGCCCCUGCUGCUGCGCCCCUUUCUCUACUGCUGCCCCUGCUGCUGCGCCCCUUUCUCUACUGCUGCCCCUGCUGCUGCGCCCCUUUCUCUACUGCUGCCCCUGCUGCUGCUCCCCUUUCUCUACUGCUGUCCCUGCUGCUGUGCCCCUUUCUCUACUGCUGCCCCUGCUGCUGCGCCCUUUUCUCUACUGCUGCCCCUGCUGCUGUGCCCCUUUCUCUAUUGCUGCCCCUGAUGCUGUGCCCCUUUCUCUAUUGCUGCCCCUGCUGCUGCGCCCCUUUCUCUACUGCUGCCCCUGCUGCUGCAUCCUUUUCUCUACUGCUGCCCCUGCUGCUGCGCCCCUUUCUCUACUGCCGCCCCUGCUGCUGCGCCCCUUUCUCUACUGCUGCCCCUGCUGCUGCACCCUUUUCUCUACUGCUUCCCCUGCUGCUGCGCCCUUUCUCUACUGCUGCCCCUGCUGCUGCGCCCCUUUCUCUACUGCUGCCCCUGCUGCUGCACCCUUUUCUCUACUGCUGCCCCUGCUGUUGCGUACCUUUCUCUACUGCUGUCCCUGUCUUUAUCACACGCCGUUGUCUCUACUACUGCCCCUUCCUCCACUGCUGCCCCUGGCUCUACUAA